AUCCGCAAGGGCCUGUUUAGUUACCGAGUUGAUAAGAAGGGUCUCUGACGUCUCUGGAGUAGACAAGGCUAUGCAAAGAUGGCGUCACCAACCGGUGGAACGAACUCUGUAAUCGAGUCCUUCGAGGGAAUUUUAACUGAAUUAAUGAGGAAAAUGGAUUUUUAGGAUUAGAACUUCACGUAUUAGGGAGUUGAAUACACCUGGGGGUUGAACACAUUUUUAUUGCGACACUUUUCUCCUCUUUAUGACCUACCUGAAUACCUGGUGCACAUGGGCUUCUUCGGUUGCAUGACCCUGACUCGGAAUUCCUCCUCCAAUUAUUUAUUAUUCGUGUAUCGAACUCUGUUAUCGACUCCAUUGGACUCAUUGUCUUUCGAUCGUUGUCCAUCCACCCCUCGUGAGAACAACCACUCCAGGAUGAGCCACGAGAUCUCAUCGAUCUUCAAGAAAAUUGACGACACAAUAAUCGACCUGAAGAUGAUCCUCGAACAAGUGACAGAGUUGAGAGUCAAGUGUGCCCUGAUGCACGUGGAGAUCCUCUCUCACUACCAGCCCCUGUGUGCGAUGGUCCUGGAUGGUCUGAACGAGCAGGAAAGGGAGAUGAGGUUGAAGGAGAAGAGUGAUGACGAAAUGGAGGAGUGAGACGUUCAUUACCUCCUAAAAUCACUGAUUGUCUUCAAGACAUUGGAGCGUUUGGAUCCUUUGAUACUGUCUAUCCUGACCUGGAACUGUUAAUUGUCACCUGAUUCACCCAGUCA